AUGAAAGCAUCUUCCAUCAGAAAGGCCGGCCCUCGGCCCACUCCGCGAGAUCUGCUGCACGUUUCGUCUUUAACGUCCGCUUGCCGUAGGAGCAGCCUGGCGUUGACGUUCCACAUCUGGCAUGCUGGCAGUCGCCAUCGCUGCCAGAUGCGCCAGCGCCUCGCUGCCAUCUGGAAGGAACGCUGCCACCCCAGUGGCCGAAGCCUUGAGAGAUGCUUUGUGGAGUGGGCCGAUGCCAUCUUCUGCACGGAAGGAGUGGCAGAGGGCUCUGUCCAAGAGGAGCUGGCCCAGGAACAGGGGAGGUCGCAGCUUGAAAGCAGUUUCCGGAGUCGCGCCGUGGCCGUACUGGAUGUCCUGUCUUCUGGCAAGGAUCGGCUCCAGCUGCGCGAGGCCUUCCAGUGCUGGUCCUUUCUUCUCCUCUGGCAAGGGCAGCACUUCUGGCACCAGAAGCUUCGUGAAGACGAGCGUGAGGUGCAGGUUGCAUUUCUCCAGGCGCAGGAGGCGAAAGUUCAGCAGGAGCAGGAGGCGCGACAGCUUCAGCAGCGUGUGCUCGACUUGGAGCAUGCUCUGCAAGAGCGUCAUGACUGGACCAGGCAGUACGAGGAGCUGAAGGCAAAUCGUGUUUGGAAGCUCCGCCAGCACUGCAUCCUAGCCGGAGCACGCCACGGAGGAUGCCUCCUGCAGAUGUUGGUCUGGUCACUUUGGUGCCUUGCACUGCGCCACACGAAUACCUCCCACCUGCCCCUGGCCCAGCGACUGGAGUGCAGACACCGGGCCUUGAUUGCCUUCAGCUCCUGGGCAGCUUGCGUGAUGCUUGGCCAGCGCCGGCAGCGGACGCAAGUGUGGUUUCAGCAAGCUGCUGACCGUUCGCUGACAUGCACUUCCGACCUUCUAGAGAAGCGCUCUCUGGAGGAGCAGAACUUCGCUCUCGGCUGUGUUUUCUCCGCCUGGUGCCGCUUCGCCGAGUUCCGAGUUGCCCUGGGUCAAGAUGCAGCCUCACGGGUCGGGCUUUGCGGAGCGAGCCUGCACCAUGUUCCCAGAGAGGCAAGGUCGCGCUCCCAGCUUCCGCAAGCGGAGUGGAGCCACGAUCUUGAGGAUUUGCUGGAGGACGCGAACAGUGUGAUGCAGGAGUCUCUGCUCUUGCUUUGGAAGCCUUUCCUGUCUGUGGUGCUGCAGUUGUGGAGGACAACUUCGCGAAGCCUUGCACGUAGGAGGUUUUCCGGUCCUCGCGGAUUGCAGCAGGAUGGCGCUAGCCGGGUGGAAGGACGUCAAAAGCUUGUGAACAGCCUGCUGCACCAGAUUGAUCGUGCCCUCCUGGUCGUGGUGGUGUGUGCAUGGAAGCUGCAGGCAGAGUCUCGUCAAGGUGGCUUUCCUAUGCAAACGCCGUCCACACCGUGUUUCUGA